AUGCAGGAGCUGGAAAAGGGCGAGAAGGGCAUCGGCGACGGCACGGUCAGCUAUGGCAUGGACGACUCCGACGAUAUGCUCAUGCGCCAGUGGACGGGCACCAUCAUCGGCCCCACGAACUCGGUGCAUGACGGCCGCAUCUACACCCUGAAGCUCUUCUGCGACCUCAACUAUCCGGAGCGGCCGCCGCGGGUCCGCUUCCAGUCGCGGAUCAACAUGGGGUGCGUGCUGCCGGACGGCACGGUGGACGUGUCGAGGUUCCCGGUGCUGUGCAGCUGGCGGCGGGAGUACACGAUGGAGACGAUCCUCACGGAGCUGCGGCGCGAGAUGUGCGCGCCCGCCAACAAAAAGCUGCCGCAGGCCGACGCGCGGCGUCGGGACGCGGCGCGGGACGCGCCAUCGUAG